CAAAAACUCACUUAACACCGCACUAACCCAAACAUGCAAGAAUGACAUUCAAAUUGUCUAAAUCGUUUGCUGUUUGUAAAAGUUUUUGUUUUGUACAUUUUAGAACAUUUCAUAUUAGUGCAGUACAAUUUGCAAAGAAAGAUGUAAAAGGACUAGCAAAAAAGGUGGACAAAUUUUUGGAUGCUGAAAAAGACCCUGAAAAACUGUGUAAAUAUGUAUGUGGUGCAAACAUAAUGAACAAAGGAUCUGACCCAGAAAUAAAGCCAGACAGUGAAUAUCCAGAAUGGCUUUGGAAUCUAAAAAUAGAAAGAGGUGCUUAUGAACAUGAACCUGGCACUCAUAAGUAUUGGAGGCUUGUGCGUAGAAGAACUAUACAACAGAUGAACAAAGAGAGGAGAAAAGUGUGAUUAAGCAUUGUAUUUAUAGAUAGAAGACUGCAUUAUCAUAUUUGUCAUAAUUUGAUGUCCCUUAGAAUAACUUGGCAAAAAUAAAUUGUGUUUAAA